AUGUAUGCUCAACGGCCUCUUUCGUAUGCGCCUACACCUUACAGCUACACGCCUAACCCGGCGCUGUCGGCGACCAUCAAUCUCGAUGAGGAAGUGAAACUAGCCUCCAGCUCCGCGGAGCGCGAUCUACAUGAAUCGCUGGCCGAGAUUUACAGUAUCAUUGUCACACUUGAUGGACUCGAGAAGGCAUAUAUCAAGGAUGUGGUUACAGAGGCGGAAUACACCGAGACAUGUACCCGGCUACUAAAGCAGUACAAGUCCAGUUUGGGCGAUGAGGCCGUCGCAGCGGCGUUCGUUGAUCUGGAAACCUUCAAGCGGACAUGGGGGCUGGAAUGCCCUCGCGCGACUGAGCGUCUCCGCAUCGGCCUUCCCGCAACAGUCGAACAAGCCUCCCAUGGAGCACCUUCAGGCAACGCAGGUCCAACCACCGGAGGUCCUGUUGGCGGCGCUUUAGGCAGCCUCAUUUUGACGGCUACUGAGAACUUCAUUACCUUCCUGGACGCUCUGAAGCUGAACAUGGUGUCCAAAGAUGCACUCCACCCGCUACUGUCGGAAGUCAUUCAAUCCGUAAACAAAGUGACGGAUGGGGACUUUGAGAACCGCGGCAAAAUCAUUCAGUGGCUGAUUACAUUGAAUCAGAUGCGCGCAACAGAGGAGCUAAGCGAGGAACAAGCGCGGGAGUUGGCCUUUGACAUUGAGCAGGCUUAUCAGGGUUUCAAGUCGACUGCCGAUCUCGACGAGCCUCUCCAUGUCCUCGACCUUCCCCAGAUAUAUAGCAAACCCUCCGGCACCGAUCUUCUCCGAGCUCUUGACCUUCUCGCAGUCAAACCACGCGGUUUCAGCACCAGUGCUGGCCAAGGAGCGGUGAAGAGCAGAACAGUCGACCCAAGCGGAGUAACCCGCUAUCUGACGUCCAUCGUCUCCAGCUCUCUUUCAUGGCUAGACACUGAUGAACUGCGGGAGGCCAUUUGGGACACUGCUGCCGCUAGGUUGAGCGAGCGGGCUGGACGUACCGCCAUGCCAGCCAUGUCCCGAGUCUUCACAAUCCCUACCUCAUCCGACGAGGAGCUCACACUGACACUGCACGAGCCCUCAUUGACCGCUGACAACCUAGGCAUGAAAACCUGGGUCUCAUCGUACCUCCUCUCCCGGCGCCUCCACAACAUCCUCGACGUCACACCGCCGCUCGUCCCCUCGUCAUCAACCACUCCCAAGUCGGACAGGACGCUCCGAGCGCUAGAGCUCGGCGCCGGGACCGGACUGGUGGGCCUUUCCUUCGCAGCUCUCCGCGGCAGCUCGGCGACAAUCCAUCUCACAGACCUACCGGACAUCGUACCAAAUUUAGCCCACAACGUCUCCCUAAAUGUCGAACUGCUCACAAGAACGGAUGCAGCGGUCACAACAGGGGUACUGGACUGGUCUGUUGCCCCGUCACCACCCCCAACAAGGGAAGAACAGUACGAUCUCAUUCUAGCCGCGGAUCCGUUGUACUCGCCAAAGCAUCCCAAAUGGCUGGUUGAAACGGUCGGCCACUGGCUGAGCCGCGGACUGGACGCUCGUGUUGUGGUCGAGAUGCCUCUGCGGGAAGCAUACCUACCUCAGGUGCAGGAAUUUCGACAACGUAUGCAACAACUCGGCUUAGCGGUGGUGGAAGAAGGCGAGGAGGUGGGGUACGACGACUGGGAAGGGGCGGACGGGGGUGCGCUUGAGUCUAGCAAAAUGGUCAUCGGCCUCCUGGCAAUUACCGCAAUCCCCACCGUCACCGGCGUGGCAAUGGGAGUAAGCGAACAGCGCAAAGCCAACGAACGCAAAAUGGACGCCAGACGGAUGGCGCGCUUCAACAUCGACAUUGAAACCUCAGGCGAAACACAAGAAGAGGACGAGAUACGCGGGAAGCGGAUAGUCUUGAGGGACAACAAGGUCUAUCUGGAUGAUCCCCUCCCCGCCAAUCGUAAACACCCCUCUCACACGGCCGAAUCGUUCUACAUCGACUACCCCGAGCUGGAGGAGACGAAGCAUUUGAAAAGAGGACUGGGCCUCGUGACUACCAUCUCGGAUAACCCACCCAUGCUGAAUUGGAUCUACGCGGAUAAAGAGACACAUGAGCUGAAGUAUGGGAAUCGGUCGCAGAGUGUGCAGCAUGUAGUCGGGCCUUGGGAUUGGGCGGACGAGGAGACGACCAUCACGCUGGAAGGGAAGAGUGCUUUUAUGGCUGUUCAGGAAGAGGAUUGGAGUUGGGCGGUCUACUUUGACCGGGACGGUGAUGAGUUGGAGUGGGUUCUCGAGGAGGAGGGUAAGCUGGAUAAUCCGUUUGCGCCAAUAAAGCUCAAGAGGACGAUGGUCCCGCAGGUUCCUCAGGUUGAACAGAGUAAUAAAAAUGAUAAUUCAUGA